AUGGAAACUUGGGCGUCUAAACUUGACGCUAGUGGCGAUGUGUUGCGUAAACUUACUGGGCAGUUUAAGGCUGCUUUAGGAGAGGUUGGCACACAGCUGCGUCAUCACGCAAGUCAAGCAUCCCGGGAGAUAGGAAUUGAUUUAGACACUCUGCAACCUCCUUUUUGUCGAGGUUUAAACCAAGUACAUUGUUCUUUAUUUGCGGCACCUGGUAGUUGCGCCAGUAAGCGCACAAGUGUUACUAUUACAGGUGAUUUUAAUUUCGGCUUCAAUGUGAAGUUCCAUCCGCAAGAGAUCGGUGUUGUUAUAGCUACGGUAUCAGGUGUGAGGGAAUCAGACUGUGUAUUCAGAUGGACGAGAAAGCAUGCGAGUUAUGAGGUAGCAAUAGACCAUAUUAAUGGACCACGUUAUGUGCUAACUGCUGAUGAUGUUGGUAACAGUCUGAUUCUCCACUGUACACCUAGUGGAAGUUUAGGUACGGCUGUUGGUGAGAUAGGUCCUUUUGACGUGGAUGUAACAUCUCGUAGGGCUAUCCAGGAUGCCCUUAUAAAUUCAAGUGCCCGUCAUGACCUGUUCGUAGAACGAGACUUCUGUAGCGUAUUUUGUCUGAGUGAAUUGUUGCAUAUUCCAGAACAUACAAUGACAGCUGAUGGAACGAAUGUUAAGUAUGUUAUGUAUAUAAUGUCGGAGGAGGUACAGAUCCAGCCAACGGAUGACUACAAGGGUGACGAGAUUGUCAAAUGCCGAUAUUCCAGUUCUUUCCCACGGAUAAGGCUCUGCAACGAUGAUCCGCUCCGAAUGUUUCUUCGUAUCAACAAUAAACACGAACUAACGCUCCGUACAUUCAGUAAGCAACAACGUGAUAUGGUAGCACUAACGUUACGGGCAUUUCACAGCAAGCUAUUGAUUUUGAAUGCGUUGGAGGCGAAUUCUCUUGAGGUUUUGCGUGAUGGUAAACUACAGGAUCCAACCAACGGUGGCCGGCAUUUGAACGUGAUCUUGGCUUUACAAAAGGCCAAUGACGAUCUGUCUGUAUCAUUGGAUGAGACAACUCGUUUACGUCGUGAGCUUAACCGUUGUCGGCAAGAGAAGAGUUUCUUAGAGUCUGAAAUGGAGAAUACUAUCAAAGUAUUCCAACAGCAAUUAUCAGAAUCUGAUACCGAAGAACCGAAUAAGGGUAGCCAGAAGGAGAAUUACAACGAGACUUUAUAUACAGAACUUAUUAACAGGAAUGCACAAUUAGCGGAUCAGUUGGAAGAGAUGACAAAAGAGCGUAACAUUUUGGAAGAAGAGGUUGAUAUUUUGCGUGGUGAGCGUAACAGGCUGGACAAGCAUUCUCAGAGUGUGAUAAAGGACCUUGAAAAACUUAGGUUUGACAAUGAAUGUUUAGUGAAACAAAUAGAAGAAUUGAAGAACAAGAUCCGAAAAUUAGCUUCCUGCUAA